GUGUGGUUCUUCGGCUACUUCUCCUCUGCCCCUGCUUCACGCGGAUUCCUAGGGGCUCGCCGGUAUCGUCGUGUUCCUUAGUCGAGCUGCUGCAUCUGCAUCUGGGGGGAGGGGGUUCUCGAUCCCACCCCGCAUUCGCAUUUCUCGUUCGGACAUCGCUAGUGAUUGGCCCCGUACGAUCGGCUCGUUCUCACAGAAAUUCUUUGCCUGCGUCGUUUCUCCUGGCAAGAAUCGUUACUUCAAACUUUUCGCCGGCUGCUUCCGGCACAUAAUUCCAUUUCCCUCCCGCCGACACCUUCGUAUCCCAACAUCCCCUCUCGGUAUCCCCUCUUUGCGCGCCCUUUCCAUCUGGGACCCUAUCCAUCCCUGGGAGCUCAACCGACCGUGUUGGCGUCUGCUUGGGGUAAUUCUUUUUCGCAGGCAAAGUUUUCCGGGGCGGGUCGAGCGUCUGGCCUAUCGGUAGACUUGAAUGAACCACCCUCUCGUUUACUAGAGGUACGCAACAGAUCGCCACUUUGCGGCCGCCCUGUUGCGCAUACCUACGAACCGACCCAGUCACAAACCUGCUCCUAAGCGUUGCAGAGUUGCGUCUAGAGACCAUGUCAAACCCGACGACGUUUUCGUAUGCCCAGGCCGCGAAAGGCCAGUCAACGGCCCAGUCCGUUGGAUCCCAGUCGAGCGUGGCUCAGAGCCAAGCGCCAUCCGUAACAAGCACACAGAGCCGAGAUGCUGUGGCCACCCCUAGUACGCGCACCCCCUCUGUCGCGGUUUCGACAACCUCGAAUGAGCUUGACGGCCCCCUAGGUACUCGAAGUUCGUCUACGAAGCGGGAACGCUCGAGUUUGGUCCACACCGACACGGGCAGCGCCCCAGCCACCGAGAAGGUGAUCGAAUCAUCCUCUCCCAGCGAGACCCGGAACGUUUCCGAGAAGACGCCGGAGGACCUCGUACCGAAAGGCGUCGAACGGCGAGGGCGAGCGCCAAAUCCCAGUUCGCAGGCGACGGAUGGCAAUGAUGGCAAAAAGAUUCGGAAAGGCAAGAAGGGCAAGGCAGCCGAGAAGGACGCAGACGAAGUCCAGGAUGAUGACAAGAACGAGAACAUCGUCCCGAAGGCGGAAUUGUCCGAGGCUCCGGUGCCGGCCGUGAACAUAUGGACGCAGAGAAAGGAGGCCAGAGCUGCCAAGGCUAAAGCAGCGCCUUUACCAGCCACCCCGCCACGCAGUUCAAACCACACUGCAAGAGGGCAGCACGAUGGUUCGUCAAAUACAACCUUCGCAGAUCAGAAGCAGAAGGCGCCUCAGAACGACGGGGCCGAUGUUACCACAGCUCAAAAUGGGUCCUUGCCUAGUGGUGUAAAGCCCUCGAGGAAAGAUUUUGAUCAGUCGCGCGGCAACAGCAAUCAAACUUCCCGUAGGACCAACCCCCGGAAUGCCAAGGCACAUGGUGGAGAGGAUCGACCCGCGUUUGAGGCCUUGGGUUCUGUCGUAAAUAACACAUCGUCAUGGCCGACACCUGAGACAGCGGUUAACGGCCUCAAGACCAAGACUCAACCCGAGAAACCUGAGAAGGAUGACAAGGAGGAGGCCGGCCCGAGCAAGCCUCGACAGAAGGAGAAGUGGGUGCAAAUUCUCUUUGUACCGAGCGUUAAUUUUGAAACGCCUAUACCGACGAGAAGCUCGCGAGGCGGCCGGGCCGGUGGCACCAGAGGCGGGCGAGAUUCCGCGACGAGAGGAGGCCAUGGAACUGGCACCCCAGGCUCGAGUGACCGCGCUGUAGAUCCUGCGACGGCAUCCUCUGGGGCAACACCGGCAGCGCCCACCUCCAAGCGCGUCUCGGCCGAUGUGAACACAUCUCGAGAUUCCCGAAGGCUCCAGGCUCCGAUGGGAUCCGGGAAAGCGUCCGGAGAGAAUCUAUCUGCGGCUCCGAAGACAGAUGCUUCGAAGCAGAGCCAGGCUGACCUGGUCAAUGGAACAACAAGCCAGAGUCUUUCCGCCCGCGCUUUGGGCUUGAGCCAGAAAGCUGACGAGGCUACGAGAGCGCCGCAGCCAGCGAGAGAGAAUGGGUUCCAAGGCACGAAAGAUGCCAAUGGCCAGGCGCAAAAUAAUGUAAACCGCAAUGACCGCACAAGAGGCUCCCGUGGUCGAGGGGGUCACCCCGCUAUGAACGGAGCCGCUCACCCGCAGACCCAAUAUGGCCAGAGUGUCAAUGGAUUCAGCUACCCGAGCGGCGCAUCCCAGAGGCAAGCCAGCCACGCAUACACCGGCGCCGGGUACCCGCCGAUGUCAUAUGGCGGCGCUUUCCCCCCACAGACGGCUGGAAAUCAUCACCGCAGCCGGCCCAGCUCGGGGAGCAACCGUCCUCAGGGUAACGGGGGACAUCGUUCUUCGAGGGCGACACCUUUCCCCAUGCCAGGUACGGGAUUCGACCCUGCGAUGUACGCCCACGGCAACGGCGCGUACCCUGGCUAUAACGACCCCGGACACAUACUACAGGUGGUGCUGUCACAGGUGGAGUAUUACUUCUCCAUCAACAAUCUUUGCAAGGAUUGGUACUUGAGGAAGUACAUGGACUCUCAAGGCUUUGUUCCCUUGAGUGUCAUCGCUUCAUUCAAGAGGAUGCAGGAGAUAGCGCAGGACUACCAGAUCGUUCGCAUUGCCUGCGAGCACUCUCCACACAUUGAAUUUGUCUGGACGGAUGAUGGGCAAGACAAAGUACGCCGUCGAGACAAGUGGGAGCCGUGGGUUCUUGAAAUGUCGGAGAGACACCCUACCGCUCAGAACGACGGACCAUCGAGUUGGCACCCAUUCAGCAGCCAGAUGGCGUAUUAUCCCCCGAUCAUGCCGUACGGGGGCGAGACGGCCCCGGCCUUUCCGCAAAUCGCGACGGAUUCCAACUUCGCUCCUUACGUGAAUGGUGCGAACCGCUCAACAUACGCCACACUCAACGGCGCCAACGGUCACCCCCGCUCCUCGGAGUCGCAGCUCUCUGCGGCAGUACCGGAAUUCUCCCCUACCGGAAACCCCAGUAUGAACUUUGCGAGCCAGCAAAUGGCGGUCCCGCAAGAUGCUGUCGGCAACGAACCCAGGUCGGGAAGCACCGGUAAGAAGACUGCUACCCCAUCUCCUCCGGAUCAGGCAGCGGGCCUACCGAACGGCCCUCAUCUGCCCGGUAACGUGGAGCAAGCUGCCCUCGGUGACGCGCCGUCUACGAACGGAGUCGCCAGCAGCCACACGACAGAGGGCUACUAACUCGGCUCCGCUUGCUCUCUCUAAAUGGACAGUGGGACUUGGUGGGAAAUCUUGAGUGCCGAUAGCACAAAUCCAUCGUUUCCACGAGCUACUUGAAGUUUUGCUUCGACCUCAGUAGCGCAACGAGUC